UUAGCUCCGCGGUGGAGGACGAUCCCACGGGAUUGCCGGCUCGUCCCUCCUCCAUGACGCCACAGGCAGGGCCCGCCCCCAGCUGCCCUGGACUCCUGUUAUAUCUGCGCCUAGCUACUGCCCCGGAAGCUGCCCCAUCCCGGGGUCAUGAUGGGCAGCAAGAUGGCGUCUGCCAGCAGGGUCGUUCAGGUAGUCAAGCCACAUACUCCAUUAAUAAGAUUCCCUGACAGAAGAGACAAUCCUAAACCUAACGUAUCAGAAGUUUUGAGAUCAGCAGGACUACCAUCUCACUCUUCUUCAAUUUCACAGCAUUCUAAGGGAAGUAAAUCACCAGAUUUGCUGAUGCAUCAGGGUCCACCAGACACUGCAGAAAUAAUAAAAACAUUACCUCAGAAAUACAGAAGGAAACUUGUAUCUCAAGAAGAAAUUGAAUUUAUCCAACGUGGAGGUCCGGAAUAAUCACUGACAGUGUGGCUGCUAUUCAUCAUCAGACAAAAAAAUAGUCUUUACAAUAAAGACUGUCCAAAAAUCCAAAAUGGCACAUGAGAAAUUAUAUAGCAAACAACUUGAAUACUCUCCAAAAAGAAAAAAAAUGAUAUAUAGAAAAUUUAGAUGGACAGUUGUAUCUUCUAAUAUAUGUAUCUUGGUCAGCUUCUGCAAAAGCUUACCUAAUUGUUUAUAUGCUUAUUAAAGUAUACAUUUUUAAAUGUUAGCCUAUUAAUUUACUCUCAAUUAUCAAGUAUUUCCAGUGUUGGAGCUAUUAAAAGUACACAGUAUCUAGUAAACUAUCACAGGUUUUUAUCAGAGAGAAUUGCUGCUUGGGGAAGUGAUUUUCCUGAAAUUGGAUGAGGAUCAAUGAAAGAAUGACUCCAUUAUUUGUUCUUAGUUUUCUUAACAUUUUUUCAUUCACAGAGUUACUGGAGUAUAACUAGUUUAAAAAGCAUAUCCUACACUAAGUAAUAAAAAUAUAGUCAAGGUAAAACAGGUGACUUUGUGGUAUUAAAACUGGGAGUUAAGACAAAAGAUUAUUUGUAACCAAUAUUCAGAAGAAAGUGCCAGAGUUUAAAAUGGAAAAUAUGGGAUCAAAAUAAAUAUAAACCUAGGAAUAGAUGUUUGAUUAGACAUUGCAACUUACUAUAUUAUUAGGGCUGUUAAGAAAGUCUCAUUCUUUGAUUUCUUUUACUGUUUUGUCAUCCUGUGUGCAAAUUCUGAAAACCACUAACUUUCUCAAACUUAAAUGUCUGAAAGUUUCGUAAAAUCAACCUAAAUAUUUGCCUUACUAAGGCAAUUUAUGAAACUUUAAUAGGGUCUUAGAGUGCCAAGGGCAUGUAUUAUUGUGAAAGUAAAGCCUCACAAAGCUAAAUAAAUUUUCUUCCAUACCUUGAAUGAUUUCUAGAAUAUGCUUUAAGGAAGUCAUUCCUAAUAGUAAGGGUAGCUCAUGGGUAUUAGAGUCAAAUUGUUGUUGAGUUUUGCUCAUUUGCCUGUAGACUA